AUGGAUGUCGUGCUCGAUGUUCUCGACACGUUCGUCCUCGAUAGAGUGUACGCGUCAGUCCUGCCAGGUGGGAAUAGUACCUCGGACUUCGAUACUUCGUUCUUUCUGAACCAACAUGUUGGCCGUUACUACCCUCUUCAACCCUCUCAAUGGGCGACCGCCAGUCGCUGGAAGCGCGAUGACCUGCCGAGACAAGCUACCUCAUUGUUGUUCAUCACAUGGCUCUUCGGUUUAGCCAUAUACUUCAUCGGCAGCACCAUCUUCUACCACACAUGGUGGGACAAGACCUUGCUCAAACAUCCACGAUUCCUGAAGAAUCAAGUCCGUCUGGAAAUCGAGCAAGCCCUGUUCUCCAUCCCGAUAAUGGCUAUCCUCACGGUCCCGUUCUUCCUAGCAGAGAUUCGCGGGUGGUCUAAGCUGUACGAUUUCGCCAGUGAAGCUCCGUUCCCUGCGUACAACUGGCUCCAGUACCCUCUGUUCGUGGCAUUCACAGAUUCCGGCAUUUAUUGGAUUCAUAGAGCGGAGCAUCACCCUUUGGUAUAUCGGUGGUUGCACAAGAGACAUCACAAGUGGCUCGUGCCGACACCUUAUGCGAGUUUCGCGUUCAACCCAUUGGACGGGUGGGCGCAGAGUCUCCCGUACCACGUCUAUCCGAUACUGUUCCCAUUGCAGAAGGGUGCAUAUCUGGGCUUGUUUGUUUUCGUCACACUGUGGACGGUUUUGAUCCACGACGCCGAUUGCCUUUCUCAUUCUGCUAUCAUCAAUGGCCCCGAAUGCCACACCCUGCACCACCUGUACUUCAAUUAUAACUAUGGGCAGUUCACAACGUUCUGGGAUCGUGUUGGAGGAACCUAUCGGAAAGCCCGCGGCGACGAGUUCAAGAUCGUCAAGAGUCAGUAG